AAUAUACAAUUUUAUUAUUGCUUCAAGUCUAUUGGUUGAAAACUAACCAACCAGUUUUGAAAUCCGGGUCCUAAGUUGUAUAUAAGGCUACCUUUUCUUAACGUACAUAAAGAUUAAAGCAGAUCUGACCAAGAAGCCAAGAAACCUAGCAGGACUACAGCCUUCCAAGCCAACUUAGAUAACUAGGAUCUAGUGAAACGAAGAGACUUUCAACAGGUCCCUAGGAAUAACUCGUUUGGAAACAGCAACCUUCAGAAUGAAGCCACAGAUUGGAAACCUCAAGGACAGUGAAGGUCAAGUCUGGAAUGGGGUCAAGGAGACCAAGACUGGCAGUCGGACACUACUGGUGGUCGGCGCAUGCGUGUUCCUGGCUUUGAUGACGGCCGCCAUCUUGGGUUCCGUGUAUCUAGGGUAUUCCCUUCACCCUCUGGGCUUGACCGGAAAACAACAGACGUACACGGCGGAUUUCUACCAGGACGGUCACCACGUUGUCAAGGAGACAUUGGUCAUCACGGAACGUGAAAGCAUGUACGCCGCCACCAACGGCACCGUUGUCAAGGACUAUGAGACAGGUUUCCUAGUGUACAAGAUGGACCACCUCCCUGGCUGUUACCUGACCACAUUUAACAUGAGUGACAAAGAUAACUACAGCAGCAAUGGACAGCAACAGAUAUCUAUUGAGGUAGCACAGACCUCUAAGCAGCGCUUCUUUGUGACAGACAUCACUGUCAAUAGGGCGGUGCUGGGACCGCAGGCGGCUGUCAUGUGCGCCGGAAGAGACCUUUACAUGCUGAGACAACAAACAGAUUCCACGGAUGACGGUGCGCUGGUUAAAAGAGCAGCAGACGAUGUCAUCAUCAUAUGUUCCUGCAGAUGCGGAUGUACAGUCAUUAUAAUAAUUCGCCGUGAAAAUUAGCGAACAGAAUAGUGACAGAAAGGAUCCUUCAUGGAUGUGAUCGACAAUUUAAAUCCCCAACUAAUUUUGUUUUAAACUGCUUCAUUAUAAGCAUUCUUUGAGUCAGAAGAAUAAAACACUUUUAUAAUAUACAGGGAGCAUUCGGAACACCUCGGCCAUUUUAGAUCCAAAACACAUUCGAAUGUAUAAGCACGGUUAGCAAUUUCAGAAAUCUUUGCAUUUAACUACGCUGCAAGUAGAUCGCGUAGUGAUUUCAAUUUAGGAGUUAAACUUUAUGACUUCACUGUUGGAAACCUUUAUAUUUUUAUGCAAUAAUACACUUUACUGGCAAACAUUUUAAACCUAGAUGUACAAAAUGCACUACAAUUAAUAUACUAUUAUUUAAAAAAGGAACUUCUUCUACCGAUGUACCGGCAUAAAUACGACGUUGUUUUCGAUAGAGAAAGGCCGAGGAGUUCCAAAAUCAAACACGGAUUUCAUAUCACGUGGUGUUGCCGCCAUAAGUAAAUAAAAUGUUGAUCGGAUAUAUCAAACAUUUUAACCGGUCAGUAUCGUUUUCCAACUUUUAUUAUCAUCAAACCUCAACAGUUCGACAAAAGUAAGCCCAUGAUGACCGUACAGAAUGGAUAUACGUGUACUUUUUUGUAGCAACUGUGUGAAAGUGUGACACUUUAAAGGAACUUACAUAUCUUAUGUUGACAACUCUUUUUCAUUAGUUGAUGAAAUUGAGUUAUUUUACUUACUUUUAUGAACAAACACCAAAAAGGGACUCGCAUAUAACCGUUUCAAGAUAAUUUCGUAAAUCCGAGCUAAGAUGAAUCAAUUUUCAAUAGGCUAACUAAUUCUUUAGAGUAUUUUUCUUAUAUGAUUUUUUCGUUUAUGUCUUAUCCUUGUAACAAACCUUUUAUUCACAUCAUAUACACGAGUACCUUUACAUUCUUAAGUACAAGCACUUGCCCACAAAGUAGUUAUCAGUAAGUUUUUGUGCAUGCCUGCUCAACCCACGUGCGCCUUUGUCUGUAGAUACGUAUACCUGUUACCUGUUAAUGAAUCAUUAACGAGUCAUAAUAAUUCCGGCUGGGAAAUGUCAGUUUUUGUAUCCAUGUGAUGCGACACAUAUCUCUUUUGACUACUUUAUAACGUCAUAUGUUUCUUUUUCGUUUUUGUCUGUUUGCAAUUCGUUUUUGUCUGUUUGCAAGCGAUGUAUUGAUGUUUUAUUCAUUGUAUUCUUGUUCUUGAAUAAAUGAA